AUGGCCCCGUCGCCCCUAGCCAUGGCCCCUCGCGACCUGCCGCCCCUAACCGCGGCCCCGGGGGAGGCAGGAGGGGAUCUGCAGCACCAGCCCCCCCCCCCCGCCCCCCCCCCUUCUCCUCCAUCUCUCUGCUGCGGGUGCAGCAGUGGGGGGGGAGGGGAUCUGCAGCACCAGCCCCCCCCGCCCCCCCUUCUCCUAUCUCCCCCUGCUGCGGAUGCGGCAGUGGGGGGAGGGGACCUGCAGCACCAGCCCCCCCCCCCGCCCUCCCCCCCCCCCCCCCCCCCUUUUCUCCUCCACCCCUGCUGCGGGUGCAGCAGUGGGGGGGAGGGGAUCUGCAGCAGUGGGGGGGAGGGGAUCUGCAGCAGCAGUGGGGGGUGGGGAUUUGCAGCAUCAGCCCCCCCCCUCCCCCCCCCCCCCCCCCGCCCUUUUCUCCUCUCUCUCUCCCUGCCGCACCCUGUGUUGGGAGGGGGGGGGAGUUUGGAGGUUCAGAGGGAGGCAGGAGGGGAUCUGCAGCACCAGCCCCCCCCCGCCCCCCCCCCCCCUUUCUCCUCCACCCCUGCUGUGGGUGCAGCAGUGGGGGGGAGGGGAUCUGCAGCAGCAGUGGGGGGAGGGGAUUUGCAGCAUCAGCCCCCCCCCCCCGCCCUUUUCUCCUCUCUCUCUCCCUGCCGCACCCUGUGUUGGGAGGGGGGGGGGAGCUUGGAGGUUCAGGGGGAGGCAGGAGGGGAUCUGCAGCACCAGCCCCCCCCAGCCCCCCCCCCCCCCCCACUUCUCCUCCAUCCCCCUGCUGUGGGUGCAGCGGUGGGGGGGAGGGGAUCUGCAGCCCUGUGCUGCCCUGCAGCCCUGCGCGCCUCGCGCGCCCUGCUGCCCUGCAGCCCUGUGCGCCCUGCUGCCCUGCAGCCCUGUGCGCCCUGCUGCCCUGCUGCUGCCGCUACAGCCCUUGCUGUUGCCGCUACAGCCCUUGCUGUUGCCGCUACAGCCCUUGCUGCUGCCCUGCGCGCCCCGCGCGCCCUGCAGCCCUGCUGCGCCCCGCAGCACCUGUAG